GCGCCUCAGUGUGUGUGCACGGGGUGGGAGGGGGCUACUAGCAGAAGACAAUGUCAGACGUUUAGAGCUCCCCUUUUCUUUGGUUUGGCUCUCUUCUCCCUGCUGCAUUUGGGUUUCUCUGUGAGCAGCAAGAACUGUGACGGCAGUAGUAGCAGCCUGGUGAGACUAGAACUGCGGCUUUUACCCAGGGAACUUGGACUCCUGACCGCCGUCAGAACCAUGGACAGCAAUGCCUUUCCAGCCAAUUCCAGUGGCUGCUCUGACCCCUUCUCUCUCACCUCCAGGUGCUCCCCAACACCGCCAUCCGGUGCAUGGAUGAACUUGUCCCGCCUGGAUGGCAACCUGUCCGACCCGUGCAGCGGUCCCAACCGCACUGAACCGGGGGGCGGAGGAGGUAGCCUGUGUCCACCGACUGGGAGUCCUUCCAUGGUCACCGCCAUCACCAUCAUGGCCCUUUAUUCAAUCGUGUGUGUAGUGGGGCUUUUUGGAAACUUCCUGGUCAUGUACGUGAUUAUCAGAUACACCAAGAUGAAGACAGCCACCAACAUCUACAUUUUCAAUCUAGCCCUGGCAGAUGCCCUAGCAACCAGCACACUGCCCUUCCAAAGUGUCAACUACUUGAUGGGCACCUGGCCCUUUGGCACUAUCCUCUGUAAGAUUGUGAUCUCCAUAGACUACUACAACAUGUUCACCAGCAUCUUUACUCUCUGCACCAUGAGUGUUGAUCGCUACAUUGCCGUCUGCCACCCAGUCAAGGCCUUGGAUUUCCGUACUCCCCGAAAUGCCAAAAUUGUCAAUGUCUGCAACUGGAUACUGUCCUCAGCCAUAGGUCUUCCAGUCAUGUUCAUGGCUACCACAAAAUACAGGCAAGGUUCCAUUGAUUGUACACUCACAUUUUCCCAUCCAACUUGGUACUGGGAAAACCUGCUGAAGAUCUGUGUUUUCAUCUUUGCCUUCAUCAUGCCGGUCCUCAUCAUUACCGUGUGUUAUGGUCUGAUGAUUUUACGCCUCAAGAGUGUCCGUAUGCUGUCUGGCUCCAAAGAGAAGGACAGAAACCUGAGAAGAAUCACCAGAAUGGUGUUGGUAGUAGUGGCUGUGUUUAUAGUCUGCUGGACCCCCAUUCACAUCUAUGUCAUCAUCAAAGCCUUGGUCACCAUCCCUGAAACUACUUUCCAAACUGUUUCCUGGCACUUCUGCAUUGCUCUAGGGUAUACAAACAGCUGUCUCAAUCCAGUCCUUUAUGCAUUCCUGGAUGAAAACUUCAAGAGAUGUUUCCGAGAGUUCUGCAUCCCCACUUCCUCCACUAUCGAACAACAAAAUUCGACUCGAAUUCGCCAAAACACUCGGGACCACCCUUCCACUGCCAACACUGUGGAUAGGACUAACCAUCAGCUAGAAAACUUGGAAGCAGAAACUGCUCCACUGCCGUGACAAGGUCUCCUACUCGAGCUCAAAGCAGUUGGACACCAGCACCAGUGUCUGAGCAGGUUGCUAUGAGAAUAUGGAGAGGGUGGACUGUUGUCUAGAUGGGAAAUGCCUGCUUCCCAAGGCUUCACACUUCCGCUCCUCUCUGAUGACUCUUCUUUGUACAUCUAAGGGGGUAUUCAACGUAUGGCAAGCAAACAGAAUGGAGGGAACAGGCUAUGCAGUCUUGCAGGAAAGUAUAUAUAGUCAUGAAGAAUAGAGCCACCAGGG